UCAACCCAUUCAAUGAUCAAAGCUUCACUCCAUAUAUCUCCAGAAGCUUCUUCUUCUUUUUUUUUUUCUUCUUAUUAUUAUUAAUAUAUAAAUAAAUAUAUACAUACAAUCCUUCUUAGUAGAGGUCCCAAUGAGGGCUGAUUCCCUUUGUCAGAGUACCACUCUGAUCUUCUUGUCUUUUGUACUGCUCUUUGUUCUCUGCUCUGCAGAUGACAAUUCCUACCAGGUUGUUGGAACCGGACAAUGCGCCGAUUGUCUCAACCAUAAUUUCAAACCCUCCCAAGCAUUUUCAGGCCUCCACGUCAGCAUCGACUGCAAAUUGAAAAAUGGCGACAUGAAAAGAGUCGCCGCCGGCGACCUCAACGACGGCGGCGAGUUCAGCGUAUCCCUCCCGAAGGACGUCGUCAGCCAGGACGGGAAAAGCCUCAAGCACGACUGCUACGCUCAGCUCCACAGCGCCGCCGCCAUUCCCUGUCCAUCGCACGACGGCGUCGACGCCUCCAAGCUCGUCCUCAACAACAACAAUGGCGUCCACGUCUUCUCCCCCACCAAAACCCUCCGAUUCUCCGCCGCCCUCUGCACCUCCAAAUUCCUCUGGCCCCAUUUCAACUACCCCCCACUCCCCAAAUCUUCCCACCCAUGGCUCAAAAACUACGGCCACCCCUGGUUCAAAACCUACCCCCCAUUGCCGCCGUUUCAUAAGCCAUUUUUCCCGCCCAUCUACAAGCCGCCGAUCGUCAAGCCGUUCCCUCCCAUCUACAAGCCGCCGAUCGUCAAGCCGCUCCCUCCCCCAGUUCCCAUCUACAAGCCGCCGGUCGUGAAGCCGCUCCCUCCUCCAGUUCCCAUCUACAAGCCACCGGUGGUCAAGCCGCCGGUAGUCAAGCCGAACCCUCCUCCAGUUCCAGUCUACAAGCCGCCUAAGAAGCCGUGCCCGCCAACCAAGCCCAAGCCGCCGGUCGUCCACAAGCCUCCCAAGGCUAAGCCGCCGGUCUACAAGCCACCUGUAGUGAAGCCACUGCCGCCGCCGGUUCCCAUCUACAAGCCGCCAGUAGUGAAGCCACUGCCGCCGCCGGUUCCCAUCUACAAGCCGCCAAUAGUGAAGCCACUGCCGCCGCCGGUUCCCAUCUACAAGCCGCCGUUUUUUAAGAAGCCGUGUCCUCCGCUGCCGCCUUUCCCGAAGAUCCCUCAUAAGUACUUCAAGCACCCCAAGUUCGGAGGGUGGCCGCCGCUGUCCCCUCACCCAUGAGCCGGCGGCCGGCGGACAGAUUUGUACGUUCGGACAAUGAAUACACGUGUUGUAAGUAGUGUUAUUUAAUCUCCUGAAUUUCUAUCUGUCAAAAAUAAAAAAGACUUCGGACUUCCCACUUUUAAAUUCCAAAGAGAGAUGAAGAGAGUUGUCUGAAAAGAGAAAGAACGUCGUCGUGAGUCCUGUGUCCUGAAGAAGGAUAUGAUUUAUUAUUAUUUAUUAUAUUUAUUGCUUCUGUACUGCUUGUAUUGUAUAAUUGGCUUGGCUUGACUUACUUUUUAUAUACGACUCAUUUGAUUCAA